UCUAUCACCCCUGCUCAGGACCUAAAUUCGGGGCGUCUCCUGAGGCUGCCACUUGACUGCUUGCCUGCAUCCAGCUUAGCACAGAGGAUACACACACCCUGAGGAGUGUGGGUGAGACAGACACAGCACUGCUGGACUUGAAGACAAGCAGAUGGCGCUUCUUCCGACCAAUAAGGACCUCAUUUCUAUGGGCCUGAAGGAAUUCAACGUUCUGCUGAAUCAGCAGGUCUUCAGCGACCCUCUUCUAUCCCAGGAGGCCAUGCAGACCGUGCUGGAUGACUGGGUGAACCUCUACGUCAACUACUACAGGCAGCAGAUGACCGGGGAGCAGCAAGAGCUGGACAAGGCUCUGGAGGAGCUUCGGCUAGAGCUGAAUGGCCUGGCCAAACCCUUCCUGAACAAAUACAGCGUCUUCCUGAAGUCCCGAGAGCACCCAGAUCACCAGCUGCCUUCCUCCUAGCCCAAGACCCAGGCCUGCCUGGGGCUCAGAAACCCUUCUGUUCUGGCUCGCGUGCUUCGCGAAGGCGCAAUAAAACCCGAUACUGGUUUUGCUGGA